ACAACACGACCGGAAGAAGUACAGCAGCAUAGAGCAAACAUGAAAAGUCAGAGUCAAAAUCAAAUAAAAAUCAUAUUAUUGGAAUUGUAUUACUCUCUCUAUGUGAUCGGCACAGUAGCGAUCUAUCCGCUGUUAAUUGUUUUUGCCGUGUUUAUUAAAUUAUUUAAAUUUAUGCAAAAUAAACAAAGAAACAAAUCGAUCAAGGGUCAAGUAGCGGUGAUAACUGGUUCUGGCAGAGGUCUAGGUCGCAUUUUAGCCAUAGAGUUGGCCAAAAGAGGUUGUCAUGUUGCCAUUGUUGAUGUUCAGCAAGACUUAGCUGAGGAAACAGCCAAGUAUAUUGCACAAGAAUAUCAAGUUAAAGCAAAAUCUUACAAGAUUGAUGUCAGUGAUUAUCAGCAACUAGAAGAGCUUAACAAAAAUGUCUCCCAAGAUCUGGGCGAUGUAACGAUAUUAAUAAAUAAUGCUGCCAUUUUAACACUGUCUUCCAUGCUGAAUCCUUCACCUGAGGAAAUACAAAGAAUGAUUAAUGUUAACUUUACCGCCAUAUGUUUUGCCCAACAAAUCUUUUUACCCAAAAUGAAAGAAUUAAAUCAAGGCCAUAUUGUUAACAUCUGCUCCAGUUCGGCUCUGUUUACCUCGCCAUUUUUUAAUAUUUAUGCCGGCACUAAAGCGGCCGUACGUUCCUUAACUUCAGCUCUACGCAUUGAAUUAAUGAGUGAAUUGAAAAGUAUUACAGCAACUACUGUGAUGCCAUUAUUUUUGAAUACCAAUCAACGUGUUGAAAGACUUAUAAAUAUGAGUGGUUUAACUAAAAUAUUUCCUUUAAUCGAGGGUCCUAUAGUGGCCCAGUAUGUGCUGGACAGCAUGCUGAAUAAUGAAGAUGAAAUAACGAUACCAAAUGCAUUUUUAUAUAUUUAUAAAUUAUAUGAAUUGCUACCCAUAAGUGUGAAGGAGUUUGGUAAUGCUUUAAUUACCUUCAGAGGCUAUAACCGACUUCUUAGAUCUUUGAAGAGCAAAAGCAAUUAGAUAAAUAAUCAAUCAAGUAUUAUUUGUUUAUAAUAAAUAUUAAGUACCUACAAACAUAAUAAA